GACGAGCAUGCCGUCGUUUUCGGAUUCACUUUAGUUUGUGUGUUCAGACAACGUGUUAUUCUCUUCGGUUAAAUGUUCUUAUGAUUUUACUAGUGGUACGAGAUCGAAGAUAGUCCAGUCCACUGUUUAUGCGUUUUAAGGUGUUUUUUCUGCUGUGCCAUGAGCCUAUCUGAGGAGGCUUUGCUGGCCCGUGUGAAGGCGCUGGAGGAAGAAGUGGAGAGACUGAAGGCUCACCUGAAGGAAAAGAGUGAUGGAGCAGUGGAGGAGAGGACCACAGUGUCCCCUGAUCCCAUUGCUGCUGAAAUAAAGAAUCAGGAGAAUGGAAGAGCCAGAAAGAAAGGAAAGAAAGCAGAGCGGGUGUUUGAUUUCUCUGUACACCCUCGGCGGCAUGUGGCGCUGCGUCUGGCCUACCUGGGAUGGAAUUACCAAGGCUUUGCUGUGCAGGAGAACACGGAGAACACAGUGGAGGCACGGCUGUUUGAGGCGCUCCUGAAGACCAGGCUGAUCCAGGACAGACAGAGCUCUAACUACCAUCGCUGCGGCCGCACAGACAAAGGAGUGAGCGCUUUCUCACAGGUAGUAUCCAUUGACCUCCGCUCGUGUCAGUACAGUGGUUUGGGUGUGACAGUUCCUGAUGGUGUUGAGCCUAAAGGUAGUGCUCCCACAGCUGAGCUCCCGUACGUAAAGAUGUUGAACAGGGUUCUGCCUCUGGAUAUCAGGGUGCUAUGCUGGGCACCAGUGCAAACUGGUUUCAGUGCACGCUUUGAUUGCCAGUACCGAACCUACCGGUACUACUUUCCCCGUGGAGACCUGGAUGUGGAGCUCAUGGCUGUGGCAGCCAGGCGGUAUGAGGGAACUCAUGACUUCAGGAACCUGUGUAAGAUGGAUGUGGGUAACGGAGUUCUGCAAUUCCAGAGGACAAUCCUGUCUGCGACCGUGAAGCCAGUUCAGCCCGGCCACCCCUCCCCUUCUGACCCCCAGCAGCUUUACCUGUUCGAGGUCAAAGGACUUGCUUUCCUCUACCACCAGGUUCGCUGUAUGAUGGCUGUACUGCUUCUGAUUGGCCAGAAGCUGGAAGCUCCAGAGAUCAUUGAUAAGCUGGUGGAUGUUGAGAACAAUCCUAGGAAGCCUCAGUACAGUAUGGCAGUGGACUACCCGCUGGUGUUGUAUGAGUGCCAUUUUGAAGGCUUGAGCUGGAACAAUGAAGAUGAAGAGGGGAGUCAUGUGCUCAGUUCCCUCAACCAGCACUGGACUCAGACUGCAGUCAAGGCCCAGGUUCUACACGGCAUGAUCCAAGGCCUGCAAAGCUCAGCUACAGACAAGGCGUCUUCUUCUAUGGAGUGCUGGCUCAUGGAGGGUUCCAGACAGCGGAACUACCGCCCCCUGCUGGAGCGUCCCACGUGUGAGAGUCUGGAGUCUCGGAUUCAACAUUUUGUGAAGAGAGGGAGGUUGGAGAGAGAAGAGGGAGAGAAUGGGGAGGAGACCACUGUCUUCAGGGGCAAGAGGUCAAAGCACUCGCACCAGGCGACCUCCUCACAACAGCAAGGCGAGGACAGUGCUGUGACCAGCAUGGAAGCCCCAUUACAACCCACACUAUAAACUUGGACUUUUUGGUAUCCCAGAACUCUAUUGGGAUGUAUAGACAUAUAAAACAUUUGGAUAUAGUCUAUUUUCAAAAAGCAUCCUUUUUCUGCAUCAUAACUGAUUUCAGUAGAGCUAUCCAUUUCUGAAGACCACUUCAUCAACAUCAUGCAGAACUCUGUUAAAGAGCGAGAUAAGCCAAAGAUUGACCCUGGCUUCCUGAGACUGUGGAGACAUUUGCCAAUGUUUUUUAAAGUGAGCUGAAUUUUUUUGUUUCCUUAUUAAUAUUGGAACGGAUGAAUAUUAGAGGACUGUAAGUUCUUUUUUUGGAAAAGUAUUUUCAGUUGCUUUGUUAGCUUGAUGUACUGUAAUUUUCUUAUUCAGCUGUAAGUUUGCUAAAAAAAAGUGCACUGACAUUAUUUGAUUCAAACUUGUACAUGUAGGUAUCACAGGAAUCAAAUGUUUUAUAUCAAUGCAAGUUGUUCUUUCAGUUUACUCAGUUUUGGCAAGAAUUGAGUUAAUAUUACAUUAUAUAAUUAUAUUAUAGAAUUAUGUAACGUAUACAAUUAUUUAUAUUAUAAUAUAGAAUUGAGGUAAUAUAAUUUGUUCAUGUGGAACCAAAGUACGGAUAUAAAUCAAGUAAAGUCAGCACAUUUUUUUCAGUGCAUUUUUGGUUUUAAAUAUGUGCUGUUAACACUCAUAGGCUUGUGAUAAGACCCCAUUCUUUUAUAAAAUUAGUAAGCUGGAUAAGCAUUUUUUUUUUUAAGAUCAUUGAACAUUUUAACCUUUUAAACUCCUUGGAACCAAAGGUCGUUCCAAAACGCACUUUGUCAUAUUCUUCAUAACUUUCAAAUGGAAAAACCAAAAUAUACCCACAAGCAUAAGAGGUUAAACUGUAACCUUAUGAGGGCUUCUUGUGUCUUGGUGGAAGCAAGAGCUGGUCUUCACUCUAUUGGCUUCCAAAUGCAUUUUAAUCAUAAGACCUGUAAAAAUAUCUAAGUCUAUUAAAAUGCAAGAAAGUGACAAAAUCCUAAAGUGAGGUUUGCAUGAUAUGAUAUCAAAGUAACGCUGACUGACCUCUUGCUCGCCUUUGUAGCAACAUGAUUCUACCAGCACUCAAUAGCAAAUCUACAGAUUUAAAACUGACAAGUAUACACUGACUGACCACUUAAUCAGGGGCACCUAACUUGUGUCUACAUUCAUUGUAUGUACACUAAUUUUAUCAUUCGUACUACUAGAUACUAUAAGUGCACUUUGUAAUUCAGCGAUUACAGAUCUGUGUCCCUGCAGAGUUUGUUAGCCAUUCUUUAUCUUAUUCAUCAAUGGACAGGACCCUCAUAGGACUGUUGAACAGGUAUAUUAUCAGUGUCUCUGCUGGGCUGAGAGGUAUAAUUCACCAACCUACAGUGUCCUGUGGCCAGAAAUUGAACACUGAUGAAGGACUAGAGGAUGACCAAGGAAGCUAUUAGCUGCCUUCUCUUACUUUACAUCUACAAGGCAGAGUUAAGCGGACACAGUGUUUAAAAAGUCCAGGAGCACUGUUCUGGCUGAUCCACUUGUACCAGUGCAACACACACUAACACAUCACCAUUGUCAGUGUCACUGCAGUGCUGAGAAUGACCCACCACCCAAAUAAUACCUACUCUGUGGUGGUCCUGUGAAGGUCCUGACCAUUGCUUAACAAGGUAAAGAGGGGGCUAACAAAUCAUGCAGAGGAACAGAUGGACCACAGACUAAUUGCAGAACUACAAAACUGCACCUAUAUAAUAAGUGGACCAGAUAAAAUAAACACUGGCCCUUAUUCUCCGAAGUUAAAAAUAAAAGGAGUGCAUAUUUGACUGCUUGUAAUGAGGUAUGAACCACUUUGAGUCUGACUCACGACACUUAUGUAGGACGUGCGCAGAUUCGAGCACAAUCAGCUUCAGUGCGUGAAAUCAAGCCUACCAGCACCUCAUUUACAUAUCAUUUACAUGAAGCACACCCUAAACCAUACAGAGCCAAUAA